AUUGAUUAAUGUUCAGUUUAGAAGGAAACGUGGAAGAACUAAAAAGUUGUGAUGUGGAAAUUUUUAAUAAUUUAUCUCAUUGCAACUGCAAAUGUCAUCAAUGGAGCUAAUAUCCUUGCAAUAUUUCCAGUUCCAACACAAUGGCAUCAAAAAAUUUACAGAACUCUAACGGAAGCGCUUGAAGAUCGUGGACAUAAAUUGACAAUCAUUUCGACAGAUCCACAACUUGGACGGAAUCAUAGAAACACAACAGAAAUUGACAUGCAUUUUUCCCAUGAACUUCUCAAAAAAGCAAUCUUCUCGAUGAGCACAAAGGAAGUAAACACUGAAUUAGAAUCAUUGUCUGAAUGGUACAACUUUGAGUUUGAGAUUCUCGAAAAGCAAUUUCAAAAUGAUGAUGUUCAAUAUCUGUUAAGGAACAGCGAUGAGAAAUUCGAUGCAGUCAUUGUAGAACAUGUUGGACACACUCCAUGGUAUGCAUUUGCCGAGUAUUUCAAUGCACCACUUAUUGGAAUUUCAGCAACAGAAGUUACAUUAGAAAAUCAUGAAGCAAUGGGAAACAAUGCAAAUCCAAUAAGAGAUCCGGAUAUUCUCCUUCCUACUACAAAUCAAAUGACGUUUCAAGAUAGAUUCAAUGCUUGGCAUUUCUACAUAUUUUACAAUUUCUAUUACAAGAAUAAGUUCCACUCGAAAUUUGAUGAAUUAAUUAAGAAGUUUAUGCCAGACAUAAAAUCAAGUUCACAAGAAUUGAAACAGAAAACUGACUUGUUAUUAAUCAAUACUCAUCCAGCCAUGCAAUUUGUACGUCCAAUGGUACCGACAACAAUUCAAAUUGGAUUUAUGCAUGUUAAGGCACCAAAAGAAAUUGAAAAUGGAGCAUUAAAAAGUUUCUUGGACCAAUCUGAUAAAUCUAUAAUUUACAUGAGUUUUGGAUCAGCUGUAAAAUCAUCAGAUUUACAAGAGCCAUUCCUUCGUACGUUCAAAAAUGUAUUUAAAUCUCUGCCAUAUAAUAUAAUUUGGAUAUGGGAGAUGGAUGGGAUGCCGGAUAAGCCAGAUAAUGUAUUCAUUACACCAUGGGUGCCUCAAGCAGAUUUGUUAGCACAUCCCAAAAUCAAAUUAUUCAUUACACAUGGUGGACAGCUUUCAAUUGAAGAAUCUAUUGAUAGAGGCGUUCCAAUGGUUGUUAUUCCAUUUUUUGGUGAUCAAGGUGCAAAUGGUAUAAGGAUACAGAAUUUAAAUGUUGGGGUUUUGUUGAAUAUUCAUUUUAUGGAUGAAAAGAACUUACGGCAGGCUAUUGACGAAGCUAUUCAUGGACAAUGCAAGGAAAAUGUUUUGAAUUUACAGAGUUUCAUUCAGGAUGAGCAAAUGAAACCUGUUGAUAAGGCUGUUUGGUGGGUCGAGCAUGUCAUUAAGAAUAAUGGAACAAAACAUUUGCAAUACAAUGGAAAGAAUGUUCCAUUUUGGACGAAAUACAUGCUUGAUUUUGUGUUAAUCGGAGUUGUUAUACUUCAUUGCAUUGUUUGGAUUAUUAAAUUGUUACUUGGAGCUGUUUUCGAGAGAAUUAAAGCUCCUAUAAUGAAGAGAAUAAUGAGAAAGAACGAAAAUCCAAUUGCCAAGAAAAUUAAAAAGAAAAAGAAGGAAAAUUAAGCAAUUAUUGCCGACGUUUAUUUUUUAUCAGAUUUAUUUGAUAACAUAUCAAAUUAAGGUGUUUCCAAAUAUUACUGACCUUCCUCAUUGAGUAAUCACGUUUGUUUUUGACAAUAAGAAAUGUAACGACAAAUUUUUGAAUUUUACUAAUAGCUGAGUAACCGCUGAAUUGCUG